AAGGCCAGAUGCGGCGGCGGCUCUAGUCGCACGUGUGCGAGAGAGACGAUCGCGAUACUCGGCGCGCGGUACUCCUCCUUUAACAGGCGCGAGACGCGCGUCACACACAUAUACACAUAUAUUACAUGCGACAGUGACCAGCGCGCUAUCGGUCGUCCCUCGGUGGUGAUUCCGUGCAGGAUUUUCGCGAAGGGAUCGGGAGCGAGUUCGUUGCGCAUCCGAAGGAAAAAUUAAAUUGACGAAACGACGAGGCACUGUUCUGCUCCGAAGGAAGAGAAAGGACACCGAGCUCCGAUUCAGCUCUGUCUUCGAAAACACAUUCCUUGGGAUACGCGCUUCAUAAUGACCUCUACCUCUUAAGUACCGAGGAGAGGGCGAAGAUCUCGAAUUAGACCGCCGAUAGUCACGCACGGAGCACCCGCGCGAAAAAUCGAUUCGUUCUUUGAGGGUGACUGAUAGUGGGUUUCUUGUGGAAUCCGUGGAUUAGUACAGGGGAGAUUACCAGCCGGCACGCCAAGGAGUGGUGAUCUCGUGAGAGGAACGUUUGACGAGGACUCCCGGAUAACGCAGCUGAUGAGGAUCCAGGAAGCAGCAUCGAAUUUUGACAGCAAUUUAGAAGAGAAUAUUCUAUCAGGGUGGCUCGGCGAGGGAUCGACGCCUCGUAGCAUGUCGACCAUUCGCAUCAACGUGGAGGAGGCUUCCAACGGCGGCGAGGAUAUCGUUAGAGACAUCGAGACGACGGCGGUGGCAACAACAACGGCGGUAGCUGCCGCCAACCCGCUUUCCUGGCACAUCCCAAGGCCGUCCUUGGUCGGGCGCAGCGAGAGGGACAGCGAAAAUGGAAGCUGGGCUCAUCACUUGCAUCCGAACUCCCCCUCGAGAGGGUCGACGUCAUCUCAAGGAUCCACCGCCAGUACACACAGCGUCGCGUCGGGAACGUUGCUACUCACGGCCGCGAAUCUGGCAAAUCUCGCCGCCAUACAUCCGCCCACGGUGACGGCGCCGAAGCAGAUGGACACCGCCUCGGUAGCCAGCAGCACCCACUUCACGGUCGUGAACGGUCUCGGCAGACCGGUCACCGUCUACAGGAAGUCCUGGUGCGCGCGAAAUCAGCUCACCGUUCUCGUGUGCACCAUGAGUUUUCUGUUUAUGGUCGGUCUACUCGCCGGGAUCCUUUACAUGGAAAUGAGGGCUCGCGACAAGUACAACUAGGCCGAGGGUGAGCGAGGGGAGGAAGAAACAGGCGACGACACGUGACCGUGAAUAAUGAUCAUAGUGAUAGAAACGAGCAGCGAGGGAAACGACCACUGCGGAGAGAACGGAGUCGGGAAAAAUCGUCUCCAACGAGGAGGAGACGAAACAGAGAGAGAAGGAGAAAACGCUGCACGAUCCAGUCACGAUAUUAAUUUGACUUACUCAUAUUUAUAUACGUGUACGCGUAUACAUCUUGCGUUGUAUAAGCCGUUUCAGAUCGCUCUCGCAGUCAGCGGACGUUUCCCGGCGACGGUUAGAAUCUUAAGCAUAUAUAAUGUAUAGCGUCUUAAGUGUAUUGCACCGCGACAGAAGUGUGGUACGUGAAAACCAGUAAUUACAUUUGUGUAAUGAGCGACGUACUGUUAAGGGAUUGACGAGAUCCUCAUACGAUGGGAUAUAGCCUUGCGUAUUUAUGCUGGAAUUUAACGGAAUUCUCCGGAUCGUACCGAGCGAGUGUAUCGCACGAUUCGGUGAAUGGCGUAAAUAUUUUAUGUUAAUUAACGUCUUACCGCGUAGCGCGUGUCAUGUAGAGCACAACUUUCUCUAAAAUUUCUUCACUGUUUUACUGUGUGGUUAUGACAUCUUAUCUUUCUCUCUCUCUCUCUUUCUCUCUCUCUUUCUCUGCACGCCGCAUACUUUUUCGCAUAGAAAAAUAUAUGUGGUGAGGGGUACGAUUACGGGACGAUAGUGGCACGUGACGUGGUCCGCGAUUGCUCCAAAUAAAACGUGCGUUUCGCAUUACGCCUUCGGCGCUUCUCCUACCUUUGUUAGUUCUCAACCGAUUUAUCGUUUCAAUGUAAAUCGCGUCGACGUUGUCGAGAGCCGAUGACGGAGAAGAGAUAAAACGAUAAAACAUCAUCUAAAGUGUCACUGAUCCUAGUCGUCCAACGAAAUCUCUCCGAUAGUAUUUUUUUGAAUAACAAAUACCGACGGACAGUUUGUAGCAAUCGACGAGAUAAGGGACCGAGAUAGCGAGAUACCUAUUUAGGGCCUGUAAUUUAAUUUUUACUAACAAGCGCUCUGCCUUAAUCAUACCUGGAUUUCCGUCGGACUGUUAUUCCGGGAGCAGAUGUUAACGGGAAAGCAAUGAAGGGCGGUCGCGUCGAUCGCUUUUCGCGUCUGUGAUAUUACUUGCGUAUUAAUCGUCGGUUCAACAAGAAACUGUCAAAUAUA